AUAACGUUAUCCGCAGGCCGCUCCGCUCUGGUCGGCCCGCCCUGCGAGUAGUCGAAUAACAAACGUUGUUUGGCCGGUCUGCUUUGUGCAUUGCGUCGGGUUUCCAACAUCAGUGCAUUUCUUGCACUCGCCAGCAAAGGAAAUAGUUGUGACUUGUUUUGGAACAACGGGCUUCAAAUUUAAGAUUAGAGAAUGGGUGAUCGAUACAACAUUCACAGUCAGUUGGAGCAUCUUCAGUCGAAGUAUAUUGGAACUGGUCAUGCAGACACAACCAAGUUCGAAUGGCUUGUGAAUCAGCAAAGAGAUUCAUGCUCAUCCUACAUGGGACACUUUGAUCUCCUCAACUUCUUUGCCAUUAGUGAAAAUGAAGCCAAAGCAAGAGUUCGUUUCAACCUCAUGGAAAGAAUGUUACAGCCGUGUGGACCACCCCCAGAAAAACCUGAAGAUUAACUCACUGGUCAUCUUGCUUUCGUUUUAAACUAAGAAGCAUGGUUUUGUUUCUUUUAAAGAGGUGUUUGUAAAAAUAUUCUCUUGGAUGAUUUCAAUUGUAUUUUGGGUUUGUAAUUGUCACUGGUGCUAUUUCCAUCUCCAUGAUAGAACUUUUUGAAUAAGUGUUGUUUCAAAAUGAUAUUUGCUAAAAAUUCUUUAAUAAAUGGUGAGUGAGCAGUGAAGGUCUCAACUUA